AUCACUGAUUGUAUAUUAACACAGAAUUUUGCAGCACUGGCUAACAGCUGACCGAAAUAUAUAAAUAUUUAGCAAUUUGUUUUUGUGCCUGCCAGAGAAUAUUGCUUCCAUUUAUUGCAUAAAAUAAGUACACCACAAAGGCACAUACAUAACGAGCUAUGGUGGGACAAUAAUUACCUACACAUCAUGCUGCAACGCAAAGAGAAUAUAGCUCCUUUGGCCAAUUGGAAGACAGCUGUUUCCAACAGGGAAGUUGCAUAGAAAAGUUCAUCAACACUCCAGGAAAAUUUCAUCAUCUUGAUGAAAAAACAAGUUCAGUUCUGAGAGAAACCUUCAACAACACUGCAACUGGAUGUAACCACAAUCAGCAGAAGUACAUAGCUGAAGGCUUCCCAGUGGUAACUGCAUCCAAUGCGCCAGUAGCAUUUGACCCGAGGAAUCCCCUGAUUGUGGCCAUUGUCAUGUCCGUGUCCCAGGAGAGUUACACCCGGCGGAAGCUGUGAUGGAGCGCUAGGUUCUGGCCAGGAUGUGGCCAGCCGCCCUAACACGCCUGCUGCGACGCCGGAUUGUGUACAUCGUGCUGGUGGUACUGCUGCUCAUCUACGGAUUCGGACACCUUUUCGAUCGGGACUCCUUUUCCGGCCUGCACUAUGACGAGUAUGUUGUGCAGCGCACCCGACCGCUCCUGUGGACGCAGCAGCUCCUGGCGCCGGAGGAGCAGCUCAAUCGCACGCGCGGCGAUCCGGAAGCACUCUGCCGAAACUCUGUCCAGGGCCGCCAAUGGCUGGCGGAUGAACGAGGAUUCGUGUGCAGACGCGAGCAGGUGCUAACCAACGGCUGCUGCAAUCUGGAGCUGCCCGGCAUUGGAUACUACAGCUGCCGCACGUGCAACACCAGCACCCACUGUUGCGCUGUGUACGAGUAUUGUGUCUCCUGCUGCCUGCACCCCGGACAACAACCGUUGCUGGAGCGCGUGCUGCUGGCGCCCAACACGCCCAAGUACAUCUUCGCCAGCGUGGCGGACCACUUCGAGCUGUGCCUGGUCAAGUGUCGCACGAACUCGCACUCCGUGGAGCACGAGAACAAGUACCGCGAUCCGGCGGCCAAGCAUUGCUAUGGUCUAACCGAGGCGCACGAAUCCCAGCGUGAUGUGGCGCCCCAGGGCGCCAGUCGCAGCUGACCACCGCAUCCCGUCCACCGUCCAGUGCGUCUCCCUCUGUACAAAGUUUUCGGCCGGAUCAAAUAGACGUUCAACGGAUGAGCUUUACCUCGAACUAGAAAUGAGAGAGUUUUCAGUCAUCAGCUGGUUCGUUGGCAAUAUUUCACUAAGUCAGGGAUCGCUUUAGGCUAGAAAUAAUGUUUUUUUUCUCUUAUUCAAAUACUAAAAUAUUAAAUAUUUAUAUGUUCAUUAAGAAUAGUUAUGGAAUAUAGUCGAACAUACUUUUCUAAUUGAAAUCGAAUUUAGUUUGUAUAUUUAGCUUAUUUCGAUAUUGUAAAUAAGCUAAAUAGCUCUCUAUAACGUUUUAUAGCGCAAUAUUGUAAAUAAUUUAUGUCUAGCCAUAAGCCAUCGAAAUGUGCAAUUUUCGUAUUUUAAUUGUGUAAAUAAAUAAGCAGUGGAUAACAAGGAAUA